AUGCCGUUCAAAGGCUGCCCUUACGUGCAUACAGAGGUCAAAAAUUUGAUGACGCCGACUUCCGUGAUAAAGAAAUGCAAGAAAAAGUCGAAGACUGCGAAUACUGUGAGAAUGGCUAACAAGGCCUACUCGUCUGAACAACGGCAUCACAUCCUGCAGGAGACGAUCGAUGGGGUCCACAACACAUGCCUGAAGGAGAGCCUUCAGAAGCUCAUACACGAGAAAAAUGCCAAUAUGCAAAAGAUGCAGUUUGAAAUCCACUCCCUUCAAAACCGGUUAGCUUCAAUGCCUUGGGCAGAUUUUCGCACUUUUUGGCAUUUUCCUAGGAUUGUGUGCUCAUUUUGUCUUUUGCCCAUAUGA